AUGACCAAACUGGCUGUUGCUAUAUGCUUAGCCAUUCUAGUGGCUUCGGUGGAACAUCGUGUUGAAGCAACCGUGGUAAGGUUGUUAACGGACUUCAUCCAAAACAAUGUCGCUGGCAUACCGCUCAUUCACAAGACGGAGGAGUAUGACUUCGAUCCGGAGAUAAGCAAAAAACGAAGGGAGCUAUACUAUGAGCUGCAUGGGUACCGUGGUGAAAAGAUAAUCGAACGAAUAGGUCUCGGUAUUGAUGGCAAACACCACGAACGGCUUGCAUUCCAGCGGCAACGCGACGAGGGACAUCUGCAGGGUCUCAACUAUCUGCAGCCUUAG